AAAAAAACAAAUGAACAAAUGUAUCGUUCAUCGAUUAUCAUUCUAAAGCAUCAAUGACUAAGCUCAUGCGUGAUCGAUUCGUCUUCCUCAUUGCAUUUCAGAAACAUGGCUGCUUCCGCCAAGAAAGGGAAGAAAUCCAAGGGGAAAGUUGUGUCUUUGAGUGAGUUCCUCUCUGAAGACCAUGGAGGUUCCAGGUCUGGAGAAGCUGUCGUUAUGGCACCAUCGAAAAGCAGCUGGGCUGAUGAAAUGGAAGAUGAAGGCAAUUUUUAAGGAGAAGCUGCUGUUACCCACAGCACCAAGAGCUGCAAGAGGUUCGGACAUCGACGAGUCUAGGAUACCCAACAAUGCUCCAUACACAGCUUAUAUAGCUAAUCUACCUUAUGAUAUUGAAGUUGAAGAUGUGUCCAAGUUCUUCCAUGGACUAUCGGUUAAAUCUGUCCGUUUGCCAAGAGAAGGUGGAGAUGGUGGCAGACUGAGAGGCUUUGGCUACGCGGAAUUCGAAACUAGGCAGGAUUUGGUCGACGCCCUAACGAUGAACGAAUUGAUGAUUAAGAACCGAAAAAUCCGUGUAGACAUUGCUAGUGGUGCGGAUGGUGAACAAGAGCAGGGCGUCGGAGGUAUGGGAAGAGGUCGUGGCCGUCCCUCCCGCAAUGACGAGGAAAGGGAAGAUCGAACUCCAUCUGAUUGGCGUAAUGCACCACGAGAGGCACCUCCGCCAGGCCAAGAUCGUGGAGGCUUUAGGGGAGGUGAUAGAGGUGGUGGAGACAGGAUGGAUCGAGAACCUGCGGGAGAACGGUAUUCGUCUUCAUUCAAUCCAAGGGAACGUGCCCCUGGUGCUGGCCUUUCGUCUGAAAGGAGUUCGUUUGGUCCAAGAAGAGACGGGCCGUCCAGUUCAUUCGGUGGUCGCGAUGGUCCGUCAAGCUCAUAUGGCGGACGUGACCGUGAUGGUCCCUCCUCGUAUGGCCGUGAUAGAGAAGGUGGAUCAUCGUCCUUUGGUCGUGACAGAGAAGGUGGAUCAUCGUCCUUUGGUCGUGACAGAGAAGGUGGAUCAUCGUCCUUUGGUCGUGACAGAGAAGGUGGAUCAUCGUCCUUUGGCCGUGACAGAGAAGGUGGAUCAUCGUCUUUUGGUCGUGACAGAGACGGCCCAUCAUCGUUUAGUCGCGGUCGGGACGGUCCUUCCUCUUUUGGUCGUGAUAGAGAAGGUGCCUCUUUCAACCGAGAUGAAAUGAGAAGUGAACGCCCAAGCGCCGGAGAAGCGGGUAAGGAAAGACCAAAGUUGUCCCUGAAACCUCGAACAGUCCCGUUGGAGGAAGGUGGUGGUCCCGUUGCCGAAGCCUCAUCAGUGGUUGCGGCACCCGUUGAGCGACCAGAUGCUGCUGUUACGACUAGCGCAUCCAUUUUCGGUGCAGCCAAACCAGUCGAUACGGCGGCCCGCGAGCGCGCAAUUGAAGAACGUCUCAAAGAAAAACAAAUGAAGGAACGAGAACCACCUAUUCGUGGACGAGAGACUGAUCGCCAAGAUGACAGAAAUCAACGUGAUGGAUCCCAUUGCAGCGGUGGCCGUUCGUCUGAACGUCCCAGUGGAGGGCGCGGGCGCUCUAGCGAGGGAGAAAAAACAGAUGAUCGGCGAGACUAUCGUAACGAAGGCGAUCAAGACCACCGACGUCCACGCGAUGGACCUGGUUACUCAGGAGAUUCGAGGCCAGCACCCAGAGAGGGUGACUACCGACCGCCGCAAAGGUCAACAGCCAAUUCGAAUGAAUAUCGGCCCCCAGUUGGGGGUAGGGGGAGCAGCGGAGGAGGAGGCAAUGAGUAUCGUCCACCACGACCAAGUGGAGGUGCCGGUCGUGACAGCGAUCGUGAUUAUCGUGGACCAGCUCCUGCCAGAGAAGGCGAUUAUCGACCACCGAGAGGUGACGAUUCCCGAAGAGAGAAUGGCUUAUCCCGCGGCGGAGGAGGAGCCGGAACUUAUCGUCCUCCCAAUGGAUCGUCCCGUGGAACUGGUCCCAAUGACAGUAGCAGGACGCGUAGCCGAGAUGAUAAUGAAGGAGAUCGACGCCAAGCUGCUUCAUAUGGUAAUGAAUCCGACGAAGCUGCCCGACUUCGAAGAUUGGAGGAGCCCAAAGCACCCGUAUUUGAAAACCGCAACAAGUUUGCCUUCCUGCGCGCAGAAGAUGAAGGUGCUGAUGAAUCAGACAGUCGAGACGAUUAAAAGAAGAAUAUCAGCAAGCAAAAUAAAAAGAAAAGAUCAGUUGAAUGACUACACCAGAAAAAGAAAAAAAAAACGCAAAACAACUAGAAUAACGACGCAAUUUUUUAGCACUAUUUUUGUAAUUCUUCUUACAAUCUCCCCCCUUCUCUAUUUUCCGGGAGCGCUUUUCUUUCUCUCGUCUCCUGUCAAAAAGGCAGUUUUCCAACUUUUCUCACCUGGCGUUUGAAAACAAAUCUUUAUCGACUGUGUGUUUUUCCCUCGUUCCGAUCAGACAACGGAGUUGGGAAAAAAUUAAAAAAAAAAAUCUAAUCUUUUGGGAAAAGACGAGAGAAUAAAAACAAGAAGGAACCAAUUUUUAUUUGGGAGGGGGUGGAUUAUUAAUUUCAUUUUGUGAGUUGUUGACAUUUGCUCGAAAACGAGAAAGUAAAGAAAGUCGUGUGUGAAAAAGGUAGGUUGAUUGUUUGUAUGUUUUCUAACAAUGGAAAGAAUGAGAAGAAAUUAAAGAAAAGCAAAUUUUUUGUUCUCUGAGAAAACCAAACAAAAGAGAUCCAAAAUGGUGACGACGUGUUUCGAGAUAAAAAUACAAAUGAGCCAUUCGAAUAAUUA